AUGUCACCACAAUCACAACAAACACAACCACCAACUAACCAAACAAGUAAUAUCCCACAACCAAAUAUGGUGGCUAGUAAGGCAUUACCAAUGAAUAUCAACCAACAGCCAUCAAUGCAAAAUAAAAUUGGAAGCCCAACCACAGGUUUACCAAAUCAACAAACAUCCCCACAACAAAGAACAAAUUUAACACCCAUUACAAACCAACCAAUAAUGAGUCCUCAACCUGGCACUACACUAACAAAUCAACCCCAACAAAAUCUAUCACCUCAACAUAAUAAUAUGGCUAAUAAUAUGAAUAUGAAUAAUAAUAUAAAUAACAAUGGUAUUAAUAUGAAUUUUAAUAAUAAUGGUAUUAAUGCUGGUAAUAAUAUGAAUAAUGGUAAUAUUAAUAAUAAUAAUAUGAAUAACAUAAAUAAAGUAUUCCCAUCCCUUCAACAUUAUGUGACAGCUAUACAUAAAAAUAAUACAGCUAUUAGUGCAUUACAACAACUUAUUCAGCAACAACCCCAAAAUGCUGUUUAUUUAAAACAAUUACAAAACUUACAACAAUCUAAUAAUACUUUACACCAACAUAUUCAACAAAUCAAACCCUUAACUCAACAACCUCCAAACCAACAAAAUGCAAAUCAACAACUAACCAACCAAAUCAGCAACCAAAUCAACAACCAAAUCACAACCAAAUCACCACCAAAUCAACAACCAAUCAACACCAAUCACCACCAUAUCACCAUCAAAUCAGCAACCAAUCACAAACGCAAAUCAACAACCAAUCAACUAUUUAGUCAGUCGAAUCUACCAAGAUUUGGACACAGAUUCCAGGGCGGUAGCCUUUCCUUAUAUGCACCAAGACCAACAACACCAUCCAAUCCUACAGCCAAACCAACAGGCAAACCAACAGGCAAACCAACAGCUACACCAACAAAUGUUAUUAUUACAAAUGCAACAACAGGCACAACACCAACAAAAUAG